AUGCAUUUGCAGGAGUUGGACAAGCAAGUGAGCAAACUCGCACUCACAGUUAGCCGUUUGGGGUCCCAAGGUAAGCUGCCAUCCCAGACUGAGCCAAAUCCACGACACAAUGCAAGCGCUAUGAUGCUAAAGAGUGAGAAGGUUUUGGAGCCCGUACAUGAUACAAGUCGAGGCCACGAUACUAGUCACGCCCAAGACGCUAGUCAAGAUAGGGAGAAACUUGGCACAGAGGCUCUAGUGGAGUCGAGACCACAAAAGUCAUUUGCAGUACCACCUCCGUUUCCCGGACGACUUGUCCAAUGUAAGAAUGAGCGAGACGAGAUGGAGAUCCUAGACACCUUCCGAAAGGUGGAAAUCAACAUACCUCUUCUCGAUGCAAUUAAGCAGAUCCCACGAUACGCGAAGUUCCUGAAAGAGUUAUGCACGAGUAGCGUUGGUAUUAAAAAAGCAAUUUGUGACCUAGGCGCAUCAAUUAAUGUUAUGCCUUUGUCGAUUUAUAAAUUACUUAACGCGGGUCCUUUAGAGGAAACAGGCGUGAUAAUCCAGCUUGUAGAUAGAUCUGUGGUGCAUCCGGAGGGAGUAUUACAGGACGUUCUUGUCAAGGUAAACGAGCUAAUAUUUCUUGUAGACUUCUACAUCAUCGACAUGGAGGAUGACAAUUCAGCCAAUGCAUCAGACAUACUUCUUGGAAGGCCAUUUUUGAGUACCGCACAAACUAAAAUUGACGUAAGAAGUGGGAUACUCACUAUAGAGUUCGAUGGGGAAGUAGUAAAAUUCAAUGUCUACGAAGCCAUGAACCGUCCUAACAUGAUUUCUAAUGUUUCUAAUAUUGAUAUUAUUGAUCCUUUAAUUGAGUUACAUUUGGAAUAUCAUGACAAUGAUGAGUUACAAACUGUCUUUUGCAGGAAAACGGAGACCCGGAAAUGCACUUUUUCGAUAACUGUAAAAAUUCGGGUCAUUACAAGUUUGUACUUUGAUGCCAUUAAGAAACUUGAGGAGAGGAUAACCAUUGAAGAUUCUGUUCGCGAAAUAGUAGCUCAUAUGCAGGCAUUGCAACUAUGGAAAGCUUCAGGUAAAACCUUUGAAUUAUCUCCCUCACAAACUAAGCUCGUACCAUCUGUUUUGCAGGCUCCGAAGUUGGAACUCAAACCACUCCCAAGCCACUUGAAGUAUGCUUUUCUCGGUGAAAAAAAUACACUACCAGUGAUAAUAUCGAGUAAACUCAAGAGGGUAGAAGAAGAAAACUUGGUACGAGUCCUUAGUGACUAUAAAGAGGUAAUUGGAUGGACAAUAGACGACAUUAAGGGGUUGAGUCCCUCGACUCGCUUGCACAAAAUUCAAGUGGUGGAUAAUGUUGUACCUAAAAGAGAGGCUCAAAGGCGUCUCAAUCCGCCCAUAAUGGAAGUGGUAAGAAAAUAA